AUGGUGAACUUGCGAGAUAUUCUCUCGGAAGCUAGCGACCUCCGCCUAGGAGUACCCUGCUUACUUGUUGACGAAACUCCCGGUCAAGGCGGAUCUCACACAGCAUUUAAGAUCGUCUUUGAGGACUCUGUAAAGUGGGCUGCUCGAGUCGGUCACGAUUCCAAUAACUGGAAAAACGGGCUACGCGCAGUGAAAACCUUCCUGUGCUUGAAACAACAAUGUACGGCAAUCAAAGCAUCAACCCUAUUGUUCAGCUCAAAACACCCGGUCCUGUAUUCGGAACGGGUCAGUGGCGCGCCACUGGCUAUUUGGAAUCUCCAAAUCCCCCAGAUUCAACGCGAAGUAUUCCUGGAUGACAUGGCCGAUUUCUUGCUCUAA